AUGAUUGAUAAAUUAAAUAAUUCCAUAAAAAAUAUUAAUAAUGUUCAACAAAAUUAUGAUGAUUAUGAUUAUGGUGAUGAAGAUAUUAUUGGUUAUCAUAAAGGUACUGAUACAAUUCAGCUAAUCAAACAAUAUCAACAAUCAUUAUUAUUAUUAAAAAAUAAUAUAAAUAUCAAUAAUCAAAAUAAAUUAAAAGAAUAUAAUAAUCAAAUCAUUAAAUUCGAUAACCAGAUAAUUGAUGAUAUUAAAUAUAAUUUAAAAUUAAUAUAUGAACUUAUUAAUAAUAAUAAUAAUAAUAAUAAUAAUAAUAAUAAUAAUAAUAAUAAUAAUAAUAAUAAUAAUAAUAAUAAUAAUAAACUAAAUGAAAAAUUUAAGAUUGAAAUUGAUGAAAAUAAUUAUAAAUUUAUAGAGAAAUUUGGUAUUGGUGAAAAGUAUUAUAUAUAUUCAGAGAACAUUGAAUUACCAAAAGAUAAUGAUAAAGUUGCACUUGGAGAAGAUUGUGGUAGUUUAUUAAAACUUAAAUCAAAUGAAAAUAUUAAGCAUGUAAUAUUAUUAGAUGGAUUCAAAGAAAGUUUAGAACCACAUGUAUUACCACUUGGUAUUAAAUAUUUAGAGAUAUGUGAUAUUAAAACACCAUUAGUAAAAGGAUCAAUACCAUCGAGUGUUAGGCGGUUAACUUUUUAUGAUGGAUUUAGUCAAUCAAUUGAAGCUGGUGUUAUUCCUUAUAGUGUCGAAUAUUUAUGUCUACACGACAUUAAAAAGCCAUUAAAGAUUGGUUCGAUUCCUAUUUCUGUAAAAAGUUUGUAUGUUUGUGAUGGAUUUUCCCAAUCAUUAAAAACAGGUAUUAUACCCUCAGGGGUCAGAUCUUUAAAUUUAGGAGAUAUCAAACAUUCAUUGGAGAUUGGAUCAAUUCCAAAAACUGUUGAAUAUCUUUGUUUAGAAGAUGGACUUAAUCAACCAUUAUCAAUCGGUACCAUUUCUUUGAUACCUGAAGGUAUACAAGAGUUAAGUUUAAAUAAUAUUAAAAGUGAAAUAAAGAUUGGUUCAAUUCCAAAUUCAGUUGAAUCCAUUUGGUUCAAUAGUGGUUUUAACCAAUUACUCUCACCAGGUAUUAUACCAGAAAGUGUAAAAUAUUUAUGGUUCUGUAAUAUUAAAUCACCAUUAAUUGUCGGAUCAAUUCCUAAAUCAGUCACUAAUUUAUAUUUGUGUAAUGGUUUCGAUCAAUUAAUAACACCAGGUAUAAUUAGUGAUGGAGUGAAAUUCUUAUAUUUAUAUGAUACUAAACAAUCAUUAGAAGUAAUUUCAAUGCCGAAUUCUGUAACAAAUCUCAGUAUUUAUCAAGGAUUCAAACAUCAACUAACACCAGGAAUCAUUCCAAAUUCAAUAAAGCAAUUAAAAUUAGGAAUAAUGAAUACACCACUAAUUGAAGGAUCUAUACCCAAAAAUAUACCAAAAAUUAUUUUACAAAGAAGUUUCAAUCUAUCAUUAGAUAUUUGUAAAUUAGAUAAAUCUGUGGAAAUUAUCAAACAAAAUUAG